AUGGGAGUUUCAAAGCCAUUAUCAGGUUGCACAGUGAGCGUAGUUGAUCGGGACCUGUUGAACCAAGCACAUCUAUAUGUCUUGGAGAAUACGGAGGAAGUCCUACCUUAUAUCGAGCAACAUAUGAUCCACAUCAAGACCGCUUAUCCAAAAUUUAGAAAGAGAACAAAGUGGCUGCAAGAUAAGCACAAUAGCACUUUCAUUCAAUGGCUACGCUUCAAGGUUCAAAGUGAACUUAAUGAGGAAGACAAUCAUGGCGUAUCAGAAAAUUUAAGGUGGCUAGCAGCUGGUCCAAACAUGGCAGUGCCAUUAUAUAGGAGCUAUCUUAUUAAAGGUAUUAAAUUCAACAUCAAGGCAUAA